GCCUUAUGCAUAUGUGAUACGUUGAGGAAAACUCAAAUUAUUCUUUGGUCCAACCUUUACAAUAUUUGAGCUUUGGUUUUAUGGUCACUGCGAUAACUUUGUUUUUAUGAAAACGUAUUUGAAGUCGAGUUUAUUAUGACUUCGGUAUUAUUAUCACUUCCCGACUUGUAUAAUUCCUACAAAAAUUGGGUUAGUAAAAAUCCCCAGAAUGCCUCAGAGUAUGAAACCGCCUCGAAAUGGUUAUCUUAUUUUAUUGCAGGUCGUAUUAAUAACUCGCAUGUUAUGUCGGAACUGGUGUAUUGUGUAUCUAAUUUGUUGGUGCUUUUUAAUGAUCAGAUCAUACGUGAAUGUCACCAGCAUACAAAAUCUUCCAGUUCACAGAAAUUGAAAGUGUGGCUUACAAUUAUUGAAUAUUCCGAAGUGUUUUGUGAACUUUCUGCCCAAAAAUUAUGGGGUAAUAGGGGCCGGUGGCUUAUUAUUACUGCCAUCCAGAUUUUUAAAUGCAUAGCAAGACUACAGUUAAUUUACAAACAUAAAGAAACAAUUAUUGUAACUCCAUCCAUUACACCCCUGGAAAGAGACAAUAUUUCUCAAAAUAAUACAAAAAGUUUGUUAGAUUUGGAACAAAAUGGUUUAAAUUCAGCUUCAUUUACACUAAAAAGGUCUGGCAGAGUUGUACGAAAAGUAGAAUCAUCCCCUCCUUUACCACUGAGAAAUUGGAAACCUUUAGAGCCACCCCUAUUAAUGUCAAAUACAGAAAAUGAUCAAACUGUGGAAAAAGCAUUAACUGGCAAACAAUUACUUGCAGAGACCUUAUAUGUAAUAAAACCUAUAGCUCAUUUGUGCUCAGUGGGUUGCUUUGGAGCCAAUACAUGGAAACCAUGGAUUCUUUCAAUUGCGAUGGAUUUAACAAGUUUGCAGUUAUAUAAAUCCAUUCAGAAAAAAUCGCUGGAUGCCUUGACCAGGAAGCAGAGGCUACAAUUGUCUAGGAGGAUGGUAGUUUUAGUUUUGUAUUUAAUUCGCUCUCCUGUUUAUGAAAAAUAUACUGGAAACAAACUACAUGCACUCUUAUUAUCAUUGAGCAAAAAUUUGCCAUUGGCAAGGAUAAUAUGUCAACCACUUUCUCAGUAUUUGCCAUUUUGGCAGAGUAACUACUUCUACAUGUGGUCAACAUAGAAAAAAAUGUAUUUUGUGUAUAACAAUUUAUAAAAGAGUGGUGGUUCAGACAAAGAUAGGUCAGUGAUGUUUUCAGGAUUUUCAAAAAGUUCUUUUGGAGAGUAUGGCAAUGGGAUUUUUGGGUUCGACUUUAUAUUUUGUUGUAAUAAAGAGUUUUAUUUUUUGUUUUUUUCUUUGGAAAUCCUUCCCUGAAAAUGUGCAUCUCUAAAAUUUAUCAUAGGCAAUUCAUAAAAUUAGUGAUAAAAUCUAAAUAAUAGAUUCACAUUCUUAAGUAAAAUGAUUUCAACUUAAUGUGUAAUAAUUUGGUAUUAGGGACUAUCAAUCACUAUUGAAGCACUUAAAUGGGCCAGAGCAUU